AUGACUUACUCCAAGCCAAACGAGACGAAGAAGGUCUUGGAGAAUGAUAUUCUUUCGAACCCUUUGAUAGCGAAGUCACUGCCAACCUCGAUACGGGAUGCAGCUUCACAUAUCCACUUUACUGGUGCCGAGUCACCCUCACUCCCGAUUAACUGGCGCUUCGCAGAAGCAGUGUCUGCCUUGAAAGGCCUGGAAGCCAGUCUGGUGAACGUAAUCCUCGACAGGAAAUACCGUGUUGGAAUGCGCCAUGUCACCAUCAACACCGACAAGGCGUCCCUUUUUAUUUUCAGCACAAUGCUCUGGACGAUCGACCCCGACGGAGAAAACAUCGCUCCAACUCGACUCCAAGAGAUUGGAGAAGGGUUUACAAAAUACUUUCCGAGUCACAACUUGUACAAGACAGGGAGCUCAUUGUGUCGGAGCUUAGUCACUGGUAUCUACAAGUGCGCAGAUGGGAAAUACUUCAACAUGCAUGCUUCUCUCAGCCCAAACCCGACAUUGGAGAGCAUCGGGCUUCCCCACGAUAUGGAAGUCUCCAAUUUCGAUGAGGGUGUCAAGGUCAUCUCAGAAGCAACCGGAAAACUCGACAGCCAGGAAAUGCAGAGGCUUAACACCGACGUGUAUCGCCAAGCGGGCACUAUCUGCUACUCUGUUGAAGAAUUUCGAGAGUCAGAGCACGGCCGCGCCAACGCACACGUCGGUUUGUGGGAAAUCUACGAUCGGCCAAAUCCCGCACAGCCCGCCUCUUGGUGGCCAGACACUCCACAGACGAGCCCAUUACAUCCCUUGGCAGGUCUCAAGGUCGUGGAUCUUACCCGAAUCCUCGCAGCACCAGCAAUGACACGCGGGUUGGCCGAGCUCGGCGCCAGUGUAAUGCGAUGCACAAGUCCCAAUCUGCCCGACCUGAAUACUACGCACGCGGACCUCAACUGGGGCAAGUGGAACUGCAGCAUCGAUCUACACAAGGAAGAAGAUCGAGAGAAGCUGAAAGCUUUGAUUCUGGACGCAGACGUAGUCGUCCAAGGCUAUCGUCCAGGGGCGCUGGACAAGUACGGCUUCUCGCAGCAGAACAUCAUCGACAUGUGCAGCACCCGAGCAAGAGGCAUCAUCUCCGUUCGAGAAAACUGCUAUGGUUGGCAUGGCCCAUGGAAGGACCGUUCGGGAUGGCAACAGAUCUCAGAUGCUUGCGUUGGACUCUCGACAGGAUUCGGUCGUGCAGUGGGUCACGGCGAGCCUGUCACACCGAUAUUUCCUCAUAGCGACUACUGCACGGGCAUAUCUGGCACUUGCGCUACACUCAUCGCCCUCCUUCGAAGAGCCGAACAAGGCGGUUCAUACCGCAUCGACCUGGCUUUGAACUACUACAGCUCCUGGCUCGCGACCAGCGUCGGCGAGUAUCCCAAAGAGGUCUUCGAAAAGGUCUGGAAAAAAGAAUGUGGUGGGCAGGUAUUUCACCACUGGCAUCCGAAUCACUGGACCGCACCGGCUGCAAUGGAACAAUUACGACAAGGACCGGCGAAAGAGAGAUUGUUCAAGCCUGAGUUCUUUGAGGAUCGCCCUGCUCCUGUGGCUCUGGGCGAUUCUGAUAAGAAGAUUCGAUGUCUGGCACCGAUUGCUGAGUGGGAUGGGGUUGUCAAGCUGGGAUUCAAUGUCGGUGCUAGAGGCAAUGGCACUGAUGCUGCCGGGUGUCCGAGUGACUUGACCGUGGAGCAGGUUUCUUGA